CUUUUCAGCAAUUGGGAAAAUUGCCACAGUCCAUCAACCAAAUGUACAACUGCAUGAGUCUGAACUCCAGACAGAACUUUCUGUGAUAAAGAUGAACUUUGCUUGUUUGAAACUCUGAGAUGUCAUCAUCAUUUUGAAGAUAGGAUGUUAUUCACGUCAAGAAUCUUGCCUGUACCCAGACUGUGUCAAAGGACAUGUCAUUCUGUAACCUGGCCCAAUUCAAUCUCUGCUGGGAAGGUGUAUGUUGCCUGUGCCUCCAUCCCAUUCCUGGAAACUGGUAUUCAGAAGCUUCGUGUGACAGCAUCAACAGCAGAUAGGAGUCAUGUUGGUGUGGCUCCAAGUCUGCAGAGGUCAAAGGAUGCUGAUUGGAGGUAUGCCUCAAAAGUGCUGAAGCACAGAGCCUCCAAGCAAUCAUCAACUCCAUUUGGACUUGGGUGGCAGAUUUCAUGCAGAGUUCCCUUGCAUAGUCCCUCAGACUGUCUGGGCUCUACAACUUCAGGAACGAUGUUGUCUCGCUGUGAAUUUGCUUCCAGAGUUUCUGUCUCUUGCCAAUCAGCUCCUGACUCUGGGGAGCUGACUUCCAUUAGUUUCAGCUUAUUGACCACCAAUGGAUUGCCCAUUGAUUUGCUACGGAAAGAAAGCCAUUCAUCUCUGAUGUCAUGUCAUGAACCAGUGUUUACGUUUGCUCGCCAUAUGUCAGACAGUCAAAGACAAGUAUCUCAAGAAAACACCAGUGCAACUGGUAGACCUUCACCUGACCAGCUCCUUCGUGUCAAAGAAGUACUGGCACGUGAUAGGACUUUGGAAGUAUAUCCAGCAAGUGGCACUGCUGAGAGUGAUUGCACAUUUGAAGUUUGCUUAUGUGAAGUUCAACGUUCUGAAGAUUACAUAUCAUCCAGAAGAGGGAUGCAUCAAGGUUCGAUGGCAGAUCAACGGCAUUUCUGGCCUUAAGGCCAUGGCCCUUUUCUGGAAGUUCAAAAUCCUGAAAUAUUCUGAAAUGAUGAAGGAACAUCAGUCUGUUUGGCUGGAUGGCUUUUCCACAUUCUUUGUAAAUGCAGAUGGAUUGAUCACUCAUCACAUUGCUGAUAAGAUGAUGCCAGAUGACAGCAAAGAGACAGUUGAGGAGGUGGCAAAUCCAUUUACAGCGAAAUUGGCCCUGUAUUUGGGACUCACUGUUCCAAAACUUGGAGAUUUCACUUCUUGAUGCAUUUGUUCUCCAGCUCAUCGAAGUGCAAUGUUUAAUCCCGGAAGAAACCAAUAAAAGAAAUGUGAUAGUUCAAUGGCACUGGAAGAUAUGUAUUUCUGUUAUGAUUUUAAUGAUCACAUUAUCUUUUCACGGUGCUGGCAUCAGAGCAGGGGAAAAGGGAAGUCCGCGGA